AUGGCUCCUGAUAUAGCUGCUCUAUCUUUCCUGUUAAGUGUAUCUACGACUGCCGAUUUGAGUCACCAUGUCAAGGUCUUUGCUGGAACUUUAAAUGGCGGUAAUAACUUUCCUGGUGUUGCCCGGCCAUUUGGAAUGGUGAAGCUGGGACCGGAUCUACUCAACAUCGGCACAGAUUCAUACUCUGGAUAUCUUGCAAAUGGAAACUUUUCAGGAUUCAGUUUGAUGCACGAGCAAGGAACAGGAGGAGCACCAAAAUACGGAACCCCAGCUCAACUCCCACUGGUGGGAACCAUCAGCAAUCCACUUUCCAGUAUCACCGUUCCAAGAUCAUCAAAGCCAGAUGAAGGCUCAGUCGGGUACUACAAAGCGACAACUGGUCAAGAUGUGGUUGUCGAACUUGCCGCUUCCGAGCGGGCUGGGAUGUUCAAAUACACUUUCCCCGCUGGGAGCACUCGUAAUAACAUUCUUGUUGAUGUUAGUCAUGUGCUUCCUUCAUUUCGGGGUCAGGGUUUGGGUCAAGGAUAUGCUGGUGGAGAAUUUCAAAUCAUGUCUGAUGGACAUUACGAAGCAUCUGGAGUAUAUAACAAUGGAUGGAAUCGCUCACCGGACUGGACUAUAUAUUCAUGUGGAUAUUUCAAUACAACACCCACUACUGCCAGCUCCUUUGUAGGACCUGUGGUAGUUAGAGGAGUUGCAAGUUCCACCUCGUCAAGUGUUCCCGUUGGUGGUCUCUUUACUUUCGACGAAGGGGCUGUCUUAUCUCGAGUGGGGAUUUCAUGGAUCUCGAAAGAACAAGCUUGUCGCAAUGUGAAUGAGCAAAUCCCAGAGACAGCAACUUUUGACAAUGUUGUUCAAGCAACGAAAGACGCCUGGAACUCUCAAAUCUUCUCAAAGGUAACGACUACAUCGACGAAUGCCAGUAAUCUGGAACUUCUGUACACGUCUCUUUAUCACAUGAACUUGCUCCCGACCAACAAGACUGGUGAAAAUCCAGGAUGGGAAUCUACCGAACCAUACUAUGACGAUAUCUUCACAUUUUGGGACACAUUCCGUUACUCGACUGCACUUUUACAAAUCAUCCAACCGACAAUGUACGAAGAGUUCAUCCGCUCAACCAUCGACAUUUGGAGACACGACGGAUAUCUCCCAGACGGCAGAUCCUCAAACUACAACGGCCGAACCCAAGGCGGCUCAAACGCCGACAACGUCUUAGCGGACGCAUACGUCAAAAGCGUGCGCGGGAAAGUGAACUGGGAAGACGGCUACGCAGCAAUGGUAAAAGACGCCGAGGUCCCACCCCCAAACACCAACCCGCCCGAUCCUAUGGCCCCCGAAGCUUCUACAAAGGAAGGCCGCGGCGCGCUCCCAGACUGGCUCAAAUACGGCUUCAUCACGACGAAAUUCUCGCGCUCCGCAUCACGAGCUGUGGAAUACGCGUACAACGAUUUCAGUCUCUACCAAGUCGCCAAAGGCCUUAACAAAACCGCCGACGCAGCUAAAUACCUCACUCGCUCCCGUAACUGGCGGAAUCACUGGAAUCCAAAGCAAACGGCCAUAGGAUUCUCCGGGUUCGUGGUCCCGAGAAAUGAGACGGAUUUCCUUCCUGUCAAUCCGCUUACGGAUGCUGGAUACUGGGGUGAUGCGACGUACCAAGUAACCAGCUGGGGCAAUUCCUUUGGCGAUAUCCACGACAUGGCGAAACUCGUCGAGUUGAUGGGCGGACGUGAUACGUUUCUUGCGAGGUUAGACGCGACGUUUACGCCUGGUGCGAACCCCGCGAAUCCAAAUGGUGUGUUAUUUGAUGCUACGAACGAACCCACAUUCAACAUCCCCUACCUCUACACCUACAUCUCCCUCCCCAACCACUCCGUCCAGCGCUCGCGGCACAUCGCCAAAACCCUCUACACCACCACGCCCACCGGGCUCCCAGGCAACUCGGACGCCGGCGCCAUGCAAUCCUGGCUCUUGUGGAAUAUAAUCGGUCUCUACCCCGUCACGGGCCAAACCACUUUCCUGAUCCACGCGCCCUGGUUCGAGAGUCUGACGCUGGAACUUGGGGAGGGGAAACGCUUGGUUGUGACGAGUGAGGGAGGGGAUGGGACGGGGGAUAGUAGGAUUUAUGUGCAGAGUGUACGGGUUAAUGGGGUGAGUUGGGAGAAGAGUUGGUUGGUUUGGGAGGAUGUUUUCGCGGAAGGAGGGACCUUGCAUUUUGUGCUUGGAGAGGAAAUGGUGGAGUGGGCGAAGGGAGAGGUGCCGCCUAGUCCUGCUAGUUAG